AUGGUUCCGCCACUCCUCACGUGGCCGUUCCGCAGCCAGGAUUUGGAUUGCAGGCCCCGGAUUGCAGGCCCCGCCCCCUGCUCCUUAUUGGUCCCUCCUGCCCCGCAAAUCCCGCUUUCCUCACUCUGCCGAGCUGCUAUUGGCCGAGAGAGCUGUCACUCGGGGCGGGGCCGGGGCGCUGCGGCCGGAUGCUGCUGCGGGGGGGCGCGGGGGCUGGCGGGGGCGCGCCGGGGGCCCCCAAACAGCCCCAGAGGGGCGACCCCGCGCCCCCACCCCGCCACCAGCUGCGGCCUCCGGGAGCGCUCGGACACUCCGGGGAGUGACCGUGGGCCAGACACCCCCGAUGGCGACAGGGGGGACCCUCCUGCAGCCCCCCCGGUGCCCCCCCCGCCCACCCACUGCUGCGGGACCGGCUGCCCCAACUGCGUCUGGGUGGGAUACGUGGAGGAGCUGCUGGAGCGGCACCGGGACGGCGGAGCCCAGGCCUUGGCAGCCGUGGAGCAGCACGUGGAGGACGAGAACAUCAAAAUGAUCCUCAGGAUGGAGAUCAGGCUGCGCUCCAGGAAGGACUGAGCCUCCCCCGGGCCCCCCAGACUGGUGGGGGACACCCCUGGGGUGGCAGGAUCCGGACUUGGGUUAUUUAUAGUGUUUAUUGUGUGCUGAGCACGGGAUCCCGGGGGUGUCAUGCGAGGUCGGGUCACCUCCUGCUCGGAGGGAGCUGCCCUUGGGGACAGGCAGUGGCUCAGGCCCGUCCUGAGCCCCGGAUUUCCCGGGAGCUGGAUGCUGUGCUCUCCCCAGCGUGGCAAAUCCCUGCCAAGGGCAGGCUGGGGUGGCCCCCCAUGCCCAGCCCUCCUCCUCCUGUGCUCCCAGCUGGAAUUUAAGCACCUUGAGGGGAUUUUCAGCACCUUGGCCGUGCCCUGGUGGUGAGGAGGGCUCGGGGGGACAGCGUGUGGUCCCGAGCACGUGGGAAGCAGCAGCCUCCUGUCCAGGACACUGUCCCUGUCCCUGGUGUCACAUCCUGCCUGGCUGCUCUCCAAGGCACCUUUUCUUCCUCACUUCCUUCUGCCUCCACCUUAAACUUGUCCCAAAACCCCCCCUCCAUCCUGGGGGACUCACAGCCAGUGAGACCCACACAGACCCCCCCCCCAUCAUCCCGGGACAAGGUCCCCAAGAAGCCACCAAGCCCUUGAGUGUCACUCACUAAUGAACCCCAAUUAACAGCCAGGCUCUGCUCUCUGCCAGGGAAGUAGGUGGUUCUCCAUGGACAACGCUCCUGGAUCCCUUUAAUCCUAUUUGUUGGAGCCCAACUAAUUGCAAUUAGUGGCAGGGGCUGAAGUUCAAUUAAAGUGUGCCGAGAUUA